UGAAGGCAGCGGCAUGUAUCCCACAACAGCGCCAUCCUUCCACAGUCUGUUUUGGUGGGAGACCCCUCACGGAAAAAAAGUGUUUGGCAAGGAAAGGGUUAAGGAGUUUAUAGGGUCCAGAUCGAUGCCUCCUCUCCCACACGUCGCCAUGAACAAAUGAAUUCGCGGGGAAUUAAAUAUCAAUUUCACAAAGGAGAAAGAGUCCUGUGCUUUGAACCCGACCCUACCAAGGCUAAAGUGUUGUAUGACGCUAAGGUCCUUGAUAUCUUAAUAGGUACAGAUGAACAUGGAAGAAGAAUCCCAAAGUACCUGAUUCACUUCAACGGCUGGAACAGAAGCUGGGAUCGUUGGGCUGCAGAGGAUCAUGUCCUAAGGGACACUGAGGAAAAUCGUAAAUUGCAACGUAAACUGGCUCGCAAAGCUCUAGGUCGCAUGAAGAGAAAAGGAUGGGCGAAGAGGCGUCGUCGUCAGUCUGGUACUAAAUCCUCUCUGAAGACUCUCCCUAAGGAGGACGACAGUGAUGACGCAUGUUUGAUUUCGUCUUCAGAGAGCAGUGACGGCGACGAUUCUGACCCUGAAUCUUCAAAUAGUGGGGACAGCACCUUCUCUGAGGAUAUCAACAAAAUGAGGGUUGAACCAGACAUUAAUGUCAAGAGGGAGUGUGAGGAGAAGGUUGUCCAUGUUGACAUCAGCAUCCCUGAUGUUCUGAAGAAGAAACUGGAGGAUGACUGUUUCUACAUCAACAAGAGGAAAAAGCUGGUGAUGGUUCCCUGUCAGACGAAUGUCGUGCACAUCCUGGAGUCCUAUGUGAAACACUUUGCCCUCAACAAAGCAUUCAUGGCCAAUGACAGGUACCGGCGGCAGCAGAGCACCACACAGAGCAGCAGCCCACAACCAGUGCCACCAGAGAAGAGCGAGGAGCUGUGUAAGGAGAUGGUUGACGGCCUGAGGAUCACCUUUGACUUCACCUUACCCAUGAUCCUCCUCUACCCCUGUGAACAAGCUCAGUUCAAAAAGGUCAGCUCCUCAAGGCUCUUUCUGGCCAUGAAUGAAAGCUCCCCCUGCUCCAGCAACACCCAACGUGAGCGCAGCCCGAGCCCGUUGGGACACAACCCCCCUACUCCUCAGUCCACAGACAGCCAGCCGGCGCUUAGCGACGUCUCUGCCACCACCCCCACCGCCCCAGCCCCCACCCCGAAGCGCCGGCGCCACCCUGACAUGGACUGUAUCUCAUACCAGUCCCAGUCUCUCAGGCGCUCUACCAGGAACACGUCUGGAGGUGACAGGCCAGCUGAAGGAAGUAGUGGAGGUGGAGGCAGUGCCACAGCAUCCCCGCAGCUCAAACGACGUCUGGUUGACACGUCAUCGCAGCCCAAGUUCUUCCUCAAUCUCGAAAGAAAAACCCCAGUACACAGUGGCUCAUCUUCCCCAUUGCCCUUGACGCCAAGCAAAGAGCGAAGCGGGCCAUUCUAUGGCCUGGAGAGCCGGAGAAACAAUGAGCUUAAUGAGGUCCUAAGCUGGAAGCUGACCCCUGAUAACUACCCUCUGAGUGACCAGCCCCCUCCACCUUCCUACCUGUACGGAUCACAGCACCUGUUGCGGCUUUUUGUGAAGCUUCCUGAGAUCCUGGGAAAGAUGCAGAUCCCUGAGAGGAAUCUCCGAGCCCUGAUCAAACAUCUGGAACUUUUUCUCAGGUUUCUGGCAGAGUUCCAUGAGGAUUUUUUUCCUGAGUCCGCAUAUGUGUCAGCAUCAGAGGCCCACUACAGCAUGAAACAACCGAGGCCCGUUUACUGAAGGAGACACUGGCCAUUGUGUUUCCUUCCUUUGCCGUUUUUUCCCUGACCUGCCCCUUCAGCUUGUCAAGACUGACCUGUGCUGGGCUCCUGUACAGAGGGAUAAUAGCAGCUUUCUCUGGAGUUAAGCUGCAUUGUGCUUUCCUGGACCUCUCUUUUUUCUCCUCUGGCCUAACAUUAGUUUUCCUCCUGUUGCCUCGUGGAACCAGUUGCUUAUACCAUGCCACUAACCCCUCGCCUGCGCUCUAUUUGUAGUACUGUUGUGCAUGCGAGGCCACCCUGCGCUGCUUUGCUUCAGUGUACUGCUCCAAGGCAUGUCGAGUGCUGUGUGUUGGCUGCCUUUUUGUAGGCCCCAUGUGAGAUUUAAUUCUUAGGAGAGAGCUACUACCAACCCAGCUUUCCAAGCCUUUCUUCAUUGUCAUCUGCUUUUUUGUUACCUGGCUUCUUAAGACUGAGCCAAGGCUGGAGGGUGUCUUCUGAUGAUCUGAUAUUGUCUCAGAUAUUAGAAGCUAGCUAAAACAAAACACAUGUGGAACCAGACACAAUCACUGCUAUUUGGCAGGCCCCUUUUUUCUCCUGCCAUGACUUUGCCAUUCUUCAUAGCCACAGUUUUUGAAUAUUGUGGUUUAUUCAUAGAAGGGACACAGAUUGAAAAGCUCUGUGUUCAGCCUCCCCAGUAAACUAACCUUGGAGGCACUGUAUGCUGUUUUGGAAGCUUGGCCCCUCUUAAUGUUAGUGACUUCCUUUAAGUGCUUCCUGUGCAGUGCCGCCAGUGACCCUCCUCUGGAAAUGAUUCCUGUAAAGCUACAGUAGGACUUGCUUUUCCUAUCCUGGAGAUGGUUUGCUGCUUUCACUGAGCAAUUCUUAUUUGCUGACGCUCAAAAAACUUUUUAUCAGGAAUGUUGUCUUCCCUCCAGAUUUUCCUCUAGUACUACACUUUUUGGAUGUGUAAUGUCCUCUAAGUGUCCAUUAGAGACUCUUAUUUCCUGCUUUGUCUUGCUUUUGAUGUUGUCCUGUGCAUGUCUGAUAAAUGUCUGUAUGCUUUUUAUUUGACUUUGUUUUGUCUGUUUCUCUGACAAUAGCUUCCUUUUAACAGGAAGGAUAAGUUGCAAUGGUGCUGUGUACCACAUGUCACAGCAAUGUAGUUAUAUACUAUAUAAGUUCUAUCUUGUUGUGAAGCUAAUCGUAAUCUACAGUUAAAGACCAGAGGCUGUUAGUAUAUGCAAAUAUUACUUGAGUUGCUUUCUUACAUGCACUGCAAACCUGAAAUUUUUCAGUGAUUACCUGAUGAAGUUGUAUGUGUGAACACAAAUGUCUACAUCAGUCAGAUCGGACAUCAAGCAGAUUUUAUCCCGCCCAUGUGUGAAUAAAGCAGGUAAUUGUCUGGGGAAUUCACACCAAGUGGAAGGGAGUGGCUUUACCUGCAGGUGCCACCCCUCGCCUAAACCAUUAGUAUUUAGUAUUUACAGUAGUAGUAGAACACAUCUCAUGCAGCCAUUCUCCGACUAUGUGCUGCAUCUGCGAUAGGGCAACACCAGCGGAUGUCCACACCUGAUACUCCAGACAUUAUCUGGAGUGCAUGUGAAAACGGCUUUAAAGAUAGUUUUAGACCAGCUCAGUUUAGUGAAUAUCACAGAGAUUAGACAAUCACCUAAAUGUGUCAAAAACAAAGAUAUGAUACAUUUAUGUGAUUUACACCAUAAUGACUGAAUAACCAUUUUAUAAGGAAAAAUGAACAACAAAUGCUAGGAAUUAUUUAAAAUGCAACAAAAGCGAUCAGUUUGGUUCCUUGUUAUGCCAUUGUGAAAAUGUAAAUACAAACCACCUGUUGGAUCAGUUAGUUAUUUAUUUUUCUUUACAUAUCACUGGAUCACUCUGUUUGUGUUGUUUCCUGAGUUGGUUAUGAAACACUUGACAAAGGCCAAUACAGACUUGUUGCUAAUACACAGUUAGUUUGUCUCACCUGUUUCUCGAACAAAUAUAUCUGUAGAUACAGUGUAAAUUUCUGCAUAAUAACAGACUUGUAGGUUUAAUACAGUGGUUCUAUGUUCUCAGUGUUGUGUACAGAGGUAUCGUUUGCAUAGCCUGUUGGACUUUUAUAUUGUGUGUCAUUUCAGCGUUCUACCCAUAUCGUCUUCAUAGCGUAGACGAUAUUAAAUAAAGACUUUUACUAAAA